AUGGAUUUUUUACAAAAAUAUUUAAAACCCCAUCAGCGUAUCGCCUCAAUACUAUAUCCUGCUACAGUAAUAUUAGCCUUCUUAUAUUCUUGGCUAGGAAAUCCACCCGACAGCUAUUUUAGUAAUAAGCGUAAUAUCUUGAAUGUCUAUUUUGUAAAGAUUGGAUGGUUUUGGGUGACACUAGUUUAUUUCAGCUAUCUUUAUAUUGUGCGAUCCAAAUAUCUUCAAGACACUAAACAAUUUGCACAAGGCGCCUUACGUUAUAUAUUGAUGACCUUGUACUGGUAUAUCAUGACACAGCAAUUCUUAGGACCCAGCAUUAUCGAUCGUAUAUACGUCCUAACGGGCGGUAAAUGUGUAUCAUUACUGCAAGACGUUGAAAUGUCUGAAAAAUUAGCUACUGUGUUAGAACAGCAAGUUUGCAGACGCUUAGGUGGACAGUGGUCUGGAGGUCAUGACGUGUCAGGUCAUUGUGUCAUGCUGAUACAUGCCAGCCUUUUCUUUUGGGAAGAGCUUUGCUGGAUGUUUUAUUCACUUGAUACAUUUAUCAAAUUGAAGCAACGUAAUAGAAUUCAGUACCUUUCUGUGGUGGCCGUACUUUCUAUCGCUGCCAUAUGGUGGUUCAUGCUCUUUAUGACAGGUGUUUAUUUUCAUGGACAUUUUGAACUAGUAUCAGGUACAAUCUUUGGUGUACUUGGCUGGGCACUCAUGUAUCUGGGUGUAUUUCCUAAAGUUGACAUGAUAGAUUUACCUCCUCUUUCACUUUGA